CAUAAACUUUUAUGGAUAACUUGUAGAUUGUUAUACCGUUAAAAAAGCCCCAACAAGCUAUUAAAAGACCCCAAAUUGUAUCUAAUACGUCAAGUCUUCUCAGAAAGUAAUCAAGAAGUACAUCCGAUUGUGAACGAAAUCUACUCUAAUCUAAGUUCCCGACAAUUGCUCAUUGAGGAAAUAAAUCUCCGUUUCAUUGUUGCACGACAGACGCCAAGUAAUUGUGAACCAGCUAUAGUUGUGAAAUACUUCCGUGUGAAACUUCCCAACAAACUGUCAAAGAGGGCGUGAAUCACUUGAAGUAGACAGGCUAUGUCAUUGAGAAGUGAAUCGAAACACAGCACACUGCUAUUAUUGUAUUGUACCGGGAGUAUUUUGUGGAGCCACACAAGAUUUAUCCAUAGUCAGUUACCAGAAGAUUGCCCAUGAUGUCAGCAAACACAACCACAUCCCACCAUGAAGCUAUCUUGGUCCAGCGAGACGACAGUUAUGCAAUACAGGUUCUACCGGCCAUCUUGAUCCUCGCUGUCCUGAUGUUACUGGGAGUUGUCGGCAACUCACUCGUAUGUUACGUCUACCUGAUCAAACUCAAGCGGAAUGUCGUCACUUACUUUAUUUCCUCUCUGGCCUUUCUGGAUUUACUAAACUGUGUCAUCAGCAUCCCUUACGAAAUCGCAGUGAUGAGAUACAAUUACACAUUUGGCACGUCAACCGCCUGCAUGGUAGUGCCAGUGAUGAUCUACUUUAUAUCGAUAACGUCAGCAUUCGUCCUAGUGGCGGUAGCCGUCGACCGAUUCCGGAAGAUUUGUAAAGCACUCAAGUUGCAAGUAACUACAUUUAUGGCAAAAGUUGCUGUGUUUGGCUGCUGUGCUGGAGGUGCUGUAGUUUCAGUGCCUAUUACCAUCCUGUACGGACCAAGCACCAUUACAACACAUGACUUCAUCAACGGUUCAAGAUGCAGCGUUGCGGAUGAAUACAAAGGAACUACUUUUCAAAUAGUCUACCACGGCAUAGAGUUCCUCAUCUUCCUCAUGUGCACAGCUUCUUUAAUUGCUCUGUAUGCGUUCAUAUGGCGACAGCUUGCACGGCAAAGACGGUUCAAGAAUGAUAUGUCUUCACCAAGAAAACGUAACGCCUCUGUGACAACAAGAGAUAUUGAGAGCACAACAAGCGAAACAUCAUCAACUUGCGAGACUUGGGCUGGAGUGUUGCCAAUGCCCAAUGAACAAUUAAUUGAUCAGAAGACUGGUGCUUCGGUUUCAUCGUGUCCUCCUGCUGACGAGUCAGCGAAAGACGACGAAGAUACAAAACAGUGCAGAAAAGGCACGAGUCCACAUCGCAUGUCAACAUCUAUUUACAGACGUAAUACGAUGACAUCGCCACAGAGCAAGAGAGCGCGCAAGACAACGAUGAUGUUGUUUAUGAUCACGUUGGUGUUUGUGUUGAGUUUUCUGCCGCACCUUGCAAUAAUGGCAGCUGCAGCUAACAACGAACACCUCUACAGUAGUCUUCAGGGGGCACAGAUCGCGGCGUACAACCUGUUUGAGAGAUCCUAUCUGUUCAACAGCGCCUUCAACCCAAUAAUUUACAGCUUUUUCAGCGACAAGUUUAGGAGAGAGCUUAAGGUCAUAUUUGGGAGACGUUGAAAUAUAAGAACGGUGGGACUCUUUUGAUAGUUGAUUUGAAAGAGGAAUAUGAGUUAACCGAGUGAUCCAUCAGUAAAAGGAGUGGACAUUGAUGGUUAAAUCGAUUGAUCUGAGCAGGACCCAUAUUCACCAAGGUAUUUUAUCAACAUUUAUACAUUUAUUAUGGCAUACAUAAAUAAGUGUAUUAGCAAUCUGGAUAAUUGUGUUAAGGUAAGAGUUGCAUACGACGCAGCUUCGUCAGCCUGCCCAUAAGAGCCGCUACUGAAAUGAAAUGUAAAAUUAUACAGAUUCUGAAUCAAAUUGGCUGUUUCUAAUGUACCCCC